UCUCGUAUUAUCGUGAAGUGAAAAUUGCUUCGUCGUCAGUUACAACACGAUUCAUUGGUCAUGAUAGUAUAGGCCUAUACACAUUUCUCUCAACAAACUGAAAGAGUAUGGCACUUUCGAAGGCCGUUCAAUGCGAUUUCUCAAAGCCAUGGUCGGGUAAUAUCGAAUUCGAGAAGACCGAUGUGCUCGGCAGAGGUGGUUUCGGGGUUGUGUAUCGUGGCACUUACAACGGCGAAAUCAUCGCUGUUAAGAGAAUCAUUUUGGAAAAUGUGGAUCCACUUAACCGGGAAGUGAUGUUGCAAACUCAGCUGGACCACGUAAACGUCUUGAAGAUAUUGACAGUCGAACAAUCUAGUGAUUUCAGGUAUAUCGUUCUAGAGCUGUGUACUGGAACAUUGGAACAACUUUGCGAUGGGACAUACGUCGGUGCAGAAUUACCGUCGGAUGCCAAAAUUUUGCUUCAGAUCACGAAAGGGCUUCGUUACAUUCACUCGAAGAAAUUGGUCCAUCGAGACAUCAAGCCGGAGAACAUUCUCUUUUCUAACAAGACGAUGCCCGUGCUCGUUAAACUGUCCGAUUUCGGAUUGAGCAAGCAACUGAGCACUAACGAUACAUGCACAAUGAGUGGAUUCAAGGGAAGUCAACUGUGGAUGCCGGCCGAAUUGUUGAUGUUAACCGACAAUUCGUUGCAAAUGAGCGUCUUGUUUGAAGCUAAAGGUUCGCCCAGUAGCGACAUUUUUGCAACGGGGUGUGUCACUUUCUAUUACGUCACUCGCGGAAUUCAUCCGUUUGGCAGUGGUGCUAUUGAAGUACCCAAAAAUAUCCGCAAAAAUAAGCCAGUCAACAUAGAACAAGGCGAUCCUGGGCUCAAUUUUUUGCUCGACAUCGCACGUGAAAUGAUCAAAUUCAAUCCGAAAGAAAGGCUGGGACUUGAUAAGGUCUUGGAAAAACUCCGGUCACGCCAGCGAUUAAGUUACACGUGUAAAACACCCGAGUUUCACGUGAGGUCUAAAUUGUGCAACCAGCAGCCGGUGCCCGAUAAUAAAGUGACGACAUGUGUUUUUCAUCCCAUCGAUCCCGUUUUAGCCGUUGGCUUCCACGAUGGAAGUGUAGUUCUCAUUGCAAAUGAAACUGACGAUCCACUUUUCCUGAACUGGGAUCGUGAAACGUUGUCUGCCGUACAUGAUCACCUCCCGAAUGCGUUCGCCCUGAUCAAUAUGGAAUGGAAUAUAAAUGGAACUCUGCUAGCAGCUAGCACUGAUAAAGGAUCCGUCAUUUUAUGGACCUAUCAAAACAAACAAAUUCUUUUCGAUAGCGUCCAGAAUGGCGAUGGCGUCGCAAACAUCUUUUGGAGCCCAUUUGCCACCCAUUUGUUUGUGGCCAAUUUUCGUCUAGAGACGCGUCGGAGGGCCAGGCGUGAUUCCGGACGUAAGGGAGGACUUUUGGUUUGGAACGGAGCAAUCGAGGAGGAAGAAACAGUUGAAACCAAAUUAAGAACUACUUAUAACAUCAGAGAUGUUGCCUGGAUCUCGGACGUUGAAGUGGCCCUCGCUUGUCACGACGGAAUCAUCCGCAUUUUCACCAUUAUGAACGGCACCAGUUUAUCGGCCAGCCACAAACAGCUGCCUCACGGUGAGGUUGGGGUUGUUGCUUGGAACGAACGCUCACAAAUGCUGGCCAGCGGAUCAUCAGAAGGCACCGUGAAGGUUUGGAAGAAAGAUGGCACGCAGAUUUCUCUGCGUUAUGAGUUCAACGCGAAAGCCAGUUGCUUGUCUCUUUCGUGGUAUCCAUGUUCGGAAGCGAAUACAUCCUGUGCCGUGAUGGAUGCAUCAAAAAAUCAUUUGAUUGCGUGUGGUCUGGGUAGCGGAUGCAUCACCGUAUGGAAACCGGAGCUAGACUCCAUUCCGACUACAUUUCCGGCACACAAUCAAAUGGUACACGACGUGUCGUUUUCACCGAACGGUCAAUUACUAGCAGCUAUCGGUGCUGAUGACAACCUUCACAUAUGGUCUACAAAUUCGUGGGAGGAAAUCGGCAUUUUUGAAAUGAAGAAGGAAGGCCCAAACAGACGCAAAAUAUCGUGGGAUUCCACCAGUCAGCGAUUGACAACAGCCUCGGAGCUUACCAAAAUUAUCGUGGUCGAGUCUAUCGCCGGAGUCGAUUGAUAUUGAACGCCCUGAUCAACAGAAGCCAGUCAACAAUUGCCGAGUGAAAGAAAAUGGUAUUAAUAAAAGGCAACAAUUAAAUUAAAGAAUUUCCUGUAUAUUAGCUUAUCAAACAAAGAGGACGUCAUCAUUUAUAUUACAUCAUUAUCGGUUUAAGUAGGCUAUAAAUGUUGUAGAUUGUGCUGCAUUAGUGGCGUUAUCGGACAAUGACAUGUUACAUCAUUCGUAAAAGCUUACGUUCGUAAUAAUCACGUAGACGAAUAGCCAAACAAACAAUAGGACAACAAUAUAAGAUCUUUCUAUAUAUUUGUUCACUAAUGGCUUCUGCUGACAGUUGUUGAUUUCUUGAUUAUACGUUUGCCGUCUGACAAGUGAAGUCGGAUAGUUUCGUAAAUAGUAAAGUCCACAAGAACAACCAGUUGCUUUCGGUCUGAAUAGAAAUUUCGAUUGCAACAACUCAAAUCGCUUUAAUCCAUUUAGCCAUCGGCCGUUCUGAAAACCAAUGAAAGUGAAAACUGUCGUCACGUAAAUUUGCGGCCAGCCUACAUAAUAUUUAGCGAAAUGAAAAAACUCGGCGUGACAGUGCGCGUUGUUUACCAAUCGGACGGA